AUGGAACGCAGUAUCUUAUCGUCACUUAAACUAAGUAAACAAAAACAUAAUGAUGAUUUAAAUCGAAGAAGUACUAAAAGACGUGCGCUUACAUAUGCUCGACGUAAUAUUCUUGAUACAAAACCUUUUGAACUAUCGGUUGCAUCAUCAAACAGCUCAAACGAUGUAGAUUUAAAUUUUAUCCGUAUUGAUGACUCACGAAAUUUAUCUUUAUGUAAUGAUACAUCUGAUUCAUCUUUAAAGGAAACAGUACCAAAUGAUAUAGUUGAAUUAUCAAUUCAUGAAAUAGUAUAUGAUAAUAUUAGUGAAGUGAGUGUCGAUGAACAAUCAUUUACGACAUUAGAUGAAUAUUUUGAUUUUUCUCUAUUUACCACUGAACCUGAUAUAUCAUUACAUAAUUUAACGAAUGUUACCAAGAAUGAAUACUGUAAAGCUUUACUUAAUUUAUUUCGUGAUGCAAAUGUUUGUAAAACUCACUGUGACAGAUUUAUUCAACUUAUUUCUUCCGGUUUGCCAACAACAAACCAUAUGCAGAAGUCAACCAAAGCUUUGUUGAAUGAAAUGCAAGGAAUAUUAUUGAGCGACGACAGCAAGUGUCAAGUGUUAUUUUAUGGCAUCAUUGGCGAUUGCCCGGCUCUCAAAGUUAUUUUAGAAUUUAUUGGUCAUACUGGUUAUCACUGUUGCUUCUAUUGUUAUAUUCAUGGUAUUCAUGUUGGUGGUCGUGGUGGCAAGCGACAAUACUAUUUUGAAAAUCGCAUGCAGCUUCGAACAAAACGAACUUAUGAAUUAGAAUCGAUCAGAGCUGUUGAAACUUCAAGUAAUGUUUACGGACAUUUAGGUCGAUCGUUACUUCACGAUCUUCUCGACGUACCACUUCCCAAUUCUAUUAUCGUCGACUAUUUACACGUUUCUUUAUUACGUCACACUCGAGCCAUCAUUCAACAGGUUUACGCACAAUUAUCACCAUUAGAAAGAACAAAAUUUGAUUCAGGUUUACGUGGUCAAAGAUUUCCUCAUUUUUUCAAUCGUAAACUUCGAGCCGUGUGCGACUUGGCGUUCGUCAAAGCUACUGAACUAAGAAAUUUAUUGUUAUAUGCUCUUAUACCACAUCUUCCUCCAUUUUUACCAAAAGAACAAUUGGCUCAUUUGUCGUUAUAUGUAUGUUCGAUUAGAAUCAUUCAUGGAAAAAAAUGUUUCGGUGACAAAUCCAGUUCAAUGUCAAAAGAACUUUUUCUAACAUAUUAUCAAGAUCAUUCCAUUUAUUUUGAGAAGUUGCACAAUCUAGUUCUUCAUCUUCAUGUACAUUUCGAUCAACUGUUUGACAAGCAUGGAAGUUUAUGUUAUUUGGGCACUUUUGGUCAGGAGGAUCUGAUUGGAAGUAUAAGUAAAAACUAUCAUGGUACACGUUUUCAUGGUCAACUUAUAACUUAUUAUUACGAAAUCGAUUUUGCUUUAAGAAAUAAAGCGUCAUCACACGAUGCAACUGAUGAAAAAAAUAUUGAUGGCCUGUUCGACCAAACAGAUUUAUCAAGUAUGACUCAUGAUAUCAUCCAGCAUCAUCUUACGGUUUGCAACUGUGGUAAUUUUGAUCAAUGCUUACGUAUUUAUCGUCGAUGUGUAAUAGAUAAAAAUGUUUAUCAUUCACUCAUUUACACUCGUCGAAAUUCAACUAUCAGCUUUCUUGUUCAAUAUUACACAAACCAAGGAGAUCCCAGUUUUGGUAAAAUUCGAUAUUUUUUUACAUCAAAUAAUAAAACAUAUGCUGUAAUUGAUCAUCAUGAAGUUUAA